AUGGCGACGGCGCCGGGAAACCAAAUGCUGGAGGGAGGAGGAGCGCCGCCGCCUCCGGGGACUGACAUGACCGGAAUAUGCUUCCGAGACCAGCUCUGGCUUAACAGCUUCCCUCUCGACCGCAACCUGGUCUUCGAUUACUUUGCCCUUUCCCCUUUCUACGAUUGGACUUGCAACAACGAGCAACUCCGGAUGCGCUCCGUUCACCCCCUUGACAUCUCUCAACUCUCGAAAAUGACGGGGAUGGAGUAUAUGCUCAGCGAAGUUAUGGAGCCGCACCUGUUCGUUAUUCGCAAGCAGAAGAGAGAUAGCCCCGAAAAGGUUACGCCUAUGCUCGCCUACUACGUCCUCGAUGGUUCCAUUUACCAGGCUCCGCAACUGUGCAAUGUUUUUGCAGCCAGAAUUGGAAGGGCCCUUUAUUACAUAGAGAAGGCAUUUACUACAGCUGCCUCAAAGUUGGAGAAAAUUGGAUAUGCUGGGUCAGUUGAUUCUGAAAAUGAGACUGCAUUGGUGGAGUCAAAGACUGCUAAGGAGACAAUUGACAUAAAGGAAGUUAAGCGUGUGGAUCAUAUCCUUGCAUCGUUGCAACGCAAGUUACCACCAGCUCCUCCUCCACCACCAUUUCCAGAAGGGUAUGUUCCGCCUCCAACAGCAGAAGCUGAGAAAGGCACCGAAACCCAGGAAGCAGCAGAAACGCAAGCUCCUACUGCUGAUCCCAUAAUUGACCAAGGACCAGCAAAAAGAAUGAAAUAUUAA